AUGGCCACGCUUGCCGCUCACGUGCUGAAGGGCCUGCCACCGGAGUACGGAUUUCUUCGCCGCAAGCUCGACAUUUCCAGCCCUGACAUGACGGUGGAACGCGUGUUCAGCGAGGUGUUGAUGGAGGAGCAGUCUCUCUCCAUUGAACAGAGUUACAAGCAUAUCACCAGCGAUGCAUCUGCUUUCUUGGGCGCUAUCAACACCAUUGUGGCUACAACGGGGGUCAACGGGAAGGAAGGAAAAGGGGGAAGAGAUCAGACGGACAAGAAGGAUGAUGGCAAGCGGGAGAAGAAGCGAGGCCCCUUCAAGGGGCGCUGCUACAACCGCAAUGAGGAGGGGCACAUGGCUGCCAAGUGCCCCAACAAGGAGGAUACACGCCCGCGGCAGCCGCGAACGAAUGAAGGCCAACAUAGUCCGUGGACUAGGGAGAAUCUGCAAACCGAAGAAGGUGUCACUCGCAUCAUCGCAUCGGGAGGACAAGUUGCUGCAACGGCAAGCUACCGCCAUCGUCUUCUCUGCCUUGACUUGAAACCAUGGCCAGCAAGCAACGGCACGGUGGCUGCAGCGGCAUGCAACGGCACGGCGGCUGGAGUGGCAUGCAAUGGCACGGUGGCUGCAGCGACAUGCAACGGCAUGACUUAA